ACAACGAUAAUAUUUUUUUUUUUUUUUGAAUAUUUGCUCAUGCUUUUCUAAAAAAGAGUAUCAUAAUCAAUUGACUUAGAACCUAAUAUGUUAUUCAUAACACAAUGAAAGAAGUGUCACAUUUGUAAAUUCGUUUAUUUAUUUAUUUUUUAAAUUUAUUUGUCAACCAGCAGCAAACAAUUUUUUCGUCAAAUAGAUAAUUGCAUUUGAUUAUAAUUUUCGAUAGAUAAUUUUUAUACCACAAUGAACGAUCCAUCAAUAACGUUAAUUCAAGAUCCCCAGUCAACGACAUCAUCUUCGAUUGUUAAUAAUUAUAUUGAAAAUAAUUCUUCGAUAUUUCAAAAAACAUCAUUAUUAACCGGCGAUAAUGAAUUAUCUUCUCCGAUAUUUUCAUUGUCUCCAACAUUAAAAAUGUUUUCUAGUCCUGAUAGCAGUAACGAUUAUUCUAUCACAACUAACAGAGAUUCAUCAUUAGAUGUUAAUUUGUCAACAGAACAUAACAAAAAAUUUUCUUUUUCAUCCAGUACAUCUGUUUCAGAUUCCGGUACCGAAUCUAUCGUAGAUGAAGAUUUUGUCAAUGAAAAAAUUUCAAAUUAUUUUGUUCAAGAUAAUUCAAAAACGACCCGUUUAACACGUAGAAGAAUGACCGGCAUAUGUCAUUCAACACCAAUGAAAAUCAAAGAUAUUAAAGAUAAUAAUGAAAAAGAGGAAUUUAGUUCUUCUGAUAGUGAUAAUGAAAGUGAAUCAACAAUUUCAAAUUGCGAAUCACCAUCAUCAUCAUCAUAUCCAUCAUCUCCUGUCAAUGAUUUUGAUGGUACACCACGAUCCAAUGACACCAUUCUUGAUCUUAAUACCAUUUGUGCUGUUUUAAACAAAAAACUUCUUGAAGAUAAUGAAAAACAUAAUAGUCAUGAUUACAACAGAAUUCAAAGUGAUAUUAUAAAUGAUGACAACAAGUCUGUUAUGAUACAUUGUGAUUGUGAUAAUUCUUACAUUUUGUCGGAUGAUAGCAGUCAAAAUGACCGACGAAAUUCAACACUGGUACGCUCGACUUCAUUGAAAACUGGCAAAACUCCACCAGGAACUCCUGGCAGUAAGAAAAUCGUUCGAUUUGCUGAUGCUAUGGGUCUUGAUUUGGCAUCAGUUCGUCAUAUUGUCGAUGAUGUUCCUUAUAUGCCACCGUUGUCAGCAUUCAAAUCAUUACAACUUGAUGAUGAAGAUCGUGAUUGGUUAUUACAGAAUCGUUCUAUUCAUCAACCCUCGUUCAACUUGAAUUACCAUCCAAUAGCCAAAACAAAUGAAAUGCAAGUAACUAUGCGAAUGCUUUUUGCACAGCCAAGUUCUGAUCCUGUCAAUUUUAUGGAACGUGUUCGUACGAAUAAAAUUUGUCUUGAAAAUUGUUUGCUUAGUGGCCCUACCGGUUCCAAUUAUGUUUUCAGCAUAAAUUGCAUUGUUCGCGUAUUGAACGUCUGUUUUAACAAACAAGUCAUUUUACGAUACACAACAAAUGAAUGGCUAACAUGGAUAGAAGUUCCAGGAACUUAUGUACCUAAUUCUAAUGAUGGUUUUAGCGAUAAAUUCAGUGUCAAUUUUGUAUUGGCGGUAAAUUCAAAUGGUCAUCAGACAAUGAUGCCCGGACAACGAUUAAUGUUUGCUAUUCGUUAUUUAACCGAAAAUCUCGAUGAAUAUUGGGACAAUAAUGUUGGUAUGAACUAUUCUUUUAUUUAUCAGCGAUGUUAAUGAUGAAAUUUUACUUCAAAAAUGUUCAUGUCAUAAUAUGUGCAUGUAUUCCACACUUAUGAGAAGAAAUUUUGAUCAAAUAUUAAUAAUCAUAUGGAUUUCAUUUUUAAAAAUAUCUGCUAAACUAUCUGUCUUUCUUCAGUUGAUUUUAUUCAUCUUGAUCUGUUUAUAUUUUAUCUGAUAAACUAUAUUUAAAUAAACUUUAUUAUUUUAAUU